GCGUGGUCUAAUGGUGGCGGGGUGUCUUGAGCGAGAGGUAUAAAAGGACCGACAACCUCCUUCACGGCACAGUUCUUGCUGAAACACCCCAGCAUGAAGGUCUUGGUAGCAGCACUCGCCCUCGUGGCCACACUUGCAGUGACUGGGAACGCUGAGCCCCUCCCGGAAGCUGACCCGGGUUUCCAUAGAGGAUUUGGGAGCUUCGGCGGCAGAUCCCAUGGUGGAUUUGGUGGCUAUGGAGGCUAUGGUCCCUACCGGGGCAAGAGAAGCGCCGAUGCCGAAGCUCUGGCUGACCCCGAGGCUGAUCCCAGUGCUGGUCAUCUAAGCUAUGGAGGUUACGGUGGUUAUGGUGGCUUCCAAGGAAUUAGCCGCCAGCACCACUAUGGCAAAAGGAGCGCUGACGCAGACCCCGAACCUGACUUUAGUCGCUAUGGCGGCUUUCGAGGGCACAGUGGUGGCUUUGGUGGCUUCAGUGGGUAUGGGAGAUAUGGACGUUAACGUGACUUUUUAUUAAGAUUUCCACUUUCCGUUUUCAAGUCCUGUAAAUUCUGAUUCAUAUGCAACUAAUAAUCUUGAAUAAAAUUUGAAAUUCUCCGAA